UUUUUGUUUCUUAAAUAUUUUUUAUUAAAAUUUCUUGAUUAUACAAAAUAUGAAGAAACAUUUUUAAUAAUAUUCAUGAUUUUGAAAUGUUGAAGAUAUAUCAGUUUAAAAAUAUUUGAAAGAAAAGAGAAGAAUUUCAAAAUUUUACUAAUAAUAAUUUACACAUGCAUUGCACUGUACAGAUUAUUAGAAUUAUAUUAUGUAAUUUCAUGGAGUAUCUUCACAUUUUUUGGCAUAAACUGCAUGUAAAUGUUCUUGUAAUUCUGUAUUUUCUGUAGCCAUACAUAACGUAUGAUGCAGACAAUCUCCAACAAGUUCAAAUUUCCUUUGAAGCUGUUCAAAUAAUGAUUAAUUGAAUGUGGAUGAGCUUUUAUUAAAUUACUUUUUUAUAAAUAAUUAUACUUCAAGUACUAUAGGUCGUUUUGUUCCUUCUAUUGGCCUUGCUAUUUGAGUACUUUUCAAUUUAAUGACUUUAUCCUUAAAUACUCCUUCUUCUAUUGUUGUCACACCAAAAUUAUGAGACAAUAACAUAUAAAUUUUAUUUGUGUCUGGUAUUAUUUUCAAAAAUCCAACUUCAUAAUGCAAUGGUGUUUUUUCAUCAGCCCUCCAACUUCUCGCAGAGUAAUUGAACAUUGGUUGACCAAUAGAAGAAAAAGACAUUUCUUCACAAUAUUUGAAAGUCUCGAUUGUUGAAAAUUUACCAAUCCCAGGAUCUUUAGUUCUCCAUAUUCCUUUUAACCAACUUAUUGGUUUGAGCACUUCGUUCAUUGGUAACAUCUUCAUGUCUGACAAUAUCGAAAAUGAUUGUGUUUCACGUAACUGUAUAUGAUAAACUAUGAGGUUGUACGACAUUUAUAAUUAUCACUCGUACUGUUUACACUUUUAAUGUAUAUAGAAUCUGCUACUUUCUUCGCGAUUUAAAUUUUUCCUGAAUUAUUGUAACAAUAGUUGUUAAUUUUCAUAUUGUAUUGUACGUCGGGAUAACCUUCAAAUUGAAUUACACUUCAAAAUUUAAGCAGACAAACUAAAGUAAUUAAGUACUGUAGAGAUGCAUUAAAUAUUAACAAAUUUUUGAGUAGAGGUAAAUAUUUUUUAAAAAAAGCCGCGGUUUCUACAUAAUAAAAUGGCGACUGCCAUUAACAAAUUCGAGUAAAUUAUAUGGUAUAUAGUUGUGUUGUUUAUAGUUAGUAGUUUUUUUUUAAUAAUUACGCGAUAAUUCAAUUAUUUUUUCUAAUUUACAGCAUAUUAAUCAUGGCAGUCUCAAUCAAUGAAAUUUGUGAAAAUACUAAACUGGCUCGUGAAAUGGCUUUGACUGGGAAUUAUGAUACAUCUGGAGUUUAUUACCAAGGCGUUGUCCAACAAAUUCAUCGGUUACUUGCAAGCAUUGCAGACGCUACACGAAAAGCUAAAUGGCAGCUUGUACAACAUCAAAUUGUCCAAGAAUUUGAGAAAGUAAAAGCAACUUCAAAUACUUUGCAACUUUUUAAAGUUGAUACGCAUGGAGAAAGAUUAUUAGGUACUUCGUGCUUGUCAUUUGAAGAACCUACAAGAGAUCCAACUUUAUGGACGUAUAAUAAUUCAGAUAGUUCAUGGAAUCAAAUGCCAGCAAGAGAUCCAGAUGUAUGGCCGCCUUUAACACCUGCUGAACAGAAAAACGUUCGGCCAUUAAAAAAUCAACCAAAACAACAAAAUCGAAUAAGUGUACGAAGAUCUGUAACUACUGGGAAAAGACCAGAUGCCAAAAUUGCCAAAAAGGAUGAUAGAAAAACAUCGAGAAAAGAUGACGUAAACAAAAAAGAGAUAUUGUUCAAAAAAAUCCAAAUAUUCAUUGGGAUGAUAUAGCUGACCUACAUGAAGCAAAACGAUUGUUAGAGGAAGCUGUUGUUCUUCCAAUGUGGAUGCCAGAUUUUUUUAAAGGAAUUCGUCGUCCUUGGAAAGGUGUACUUAUGGUUGGUCCACCAGGAACUGGAAAAACAAUGCUAGCAAAAGCAGUAGCCACUGAAUGUGGAACAACAUUUUUUAAUGUAUCAUCUUCCACAUUAACUUCGAAGUAUAGAGGAGAAUCAGAAAAACUUGUUCGUCUUCUUUUUGAAAUGGCCAGAUUUUAUGCACCUAGCACGAUCUUCAUUGAUGAAAUUGAUUCUCUAUGCUCUAGAAGAGGCUCUGAGUCUGAACAUGAAGCCUCACGACGAGUAAAAUCAGAACUUUUAGUCCAAAUGGAUGGUAUAAGUUCUAAUAGCGAAGAUCCAAGUAAAGUUGUAAUGGUAUUAGCAGCAACAAACUUCCCGUGGGAUAUUGAUGAAGCUCUUCGAAGACGGUUAGAGAAACGUAUUUAUAUUCCAUUACCAAAUCAUGAAGGUAGAGAAGCGCUGUUGAAAAUUAACCUGCGCGAAGUAAAAGUGGAUUUAUCUGUAAAUUUAGCGGAUAUUGCAAGAAAAUUAGAAGGUUAUUCUGGAGCGGACAUUACAAAUGUUUGCAGAGAUGCGUCUAUGAUGUCAAUGCGGAAAAAAAUAGCAGGUUUAAAACCUGAUCAAAUUAGACAAUUACCGAAAGAAGAACUGGAUUUACCCGUAUCUGCUGCGGAUUUUGAUGAAGCUGUUGAAAGAUGUAAUAAGAGCGUUUCUCAAGAAGAUUUAGAAAAAUAUGAAAAAUGGAUGAGUGAAUUUGGCUCAUCUUGAUAUCAUUCUACUCAAAAGAUAUAAUUUCGCAAAAGGUUGCUUAUUUAGGUGAAGAUUGUUUAAAUUUUUUAUUUAUAAUUAUUAAUAAGCAGUAAUCGCAACAUAUUUAUCAAUACUGUAUUAAUCAUAUUUAUCAUCUGUAUUGAUCAGCUUUUUGAUCAUUUUCUAAAAAUUAUACGAUUUUAUAAUAUAUUAUCCGAAGAAAAUUGCGUAAAUUAUAUAAUACUAUAAAAUAAUUCUUUUAUGAAAUAAUGCAAUUUAAUAUUGUGUUAUUAUUAAUUGAAUUAUAAAACUAAAAUAGAAAAGAUAACAUUAAAGUGCUUUUAUA